GAGAUAAAGAAUAUUACAAGUUAGAACGAGCCAAUCAUAGAUACAUAGACCGUUUCACUAAUGCAGUCGAGUCAACCAUCACAUUUGUCAGAUGAAUAGAGUGCAAUAGAAGUCUCUAACUGCCUUUUAGAAAACAGCUUAAUGGUGAGUCUUUCCAUCAUCCAAUAGAUGGCAAUUGAAUCUUUAACUAAAAUUACAUUCUUUUCCUCUCAAAAAAAAUUACAUUCUUUUUAUCGGAUGAGAAAAUAUCUUGACAACCUCCAAGAAAGGGAUUAAAAAAACCUAUAUAAAGGAAUGCGACGUUUGCAAGAGGAGUCUGCAAAGCUCACAGCUAGGCAGAUGGAAAUCGCACAUAGAGUCAUCCAGCUCCUCCUCUUGCUGACAAUUAACUUCUCUGUUGCCCAAAAUGCUUCUAAAGGAGGAGCACAGGAACUCCAUGUCGGGGUGAUCCUUGACUUGGAGUCCAUGGUUGGAAAAAUAGCACAGACCAGCAUUUCAUUGGCUAUGGAAGAUUUCUAUGCUAUCCAUCAUAACUACAGCACCAAGCUAGUCCUCCACAUCAGAGAUUCCAUGAAGGAUGAUGUCCGAGCUGCAUCUCAAGCUGUUGACCUGCUGGAAAAUUACAAUGUAGAAGCCAUCAUUGGUCCUCAGAAAUCUUCACAGGCUAUAUUUAUCUCAAAACUUGGAAAUAAAAGCCAUGUCCCAGUCAUAUCGUUCACGGCAACAAGCCCAUCUCUAUCAUCUAAAAGUCUUCCAUAUUUUGUGCGAGCAACAAUGAAUGACUCAGCACAGGUGAAUUCCAUUGCCUCCAUAGUUAAAACCUAUGGGUGGAGAAAGGUGGUGCCUAUCUAUGAAGACACUGACUACGGUAGAGGAAUCAUGCCAUUCCUAGUUGAUGCCCUGCAGGAAGUCGAUGCCCGUGUUCCCUACCAAAGUGUGAUCCCUCUGUCAGCAACUACUGAACAAAUUAGCCUAGAACUCUAUAAGUUGAUGACAAUGCAAACAACGGUAUUUGUUGUGCAUAUGUCAAUUACCUUGGCCUCCCCCUUCUUCAUAAAGGCAAAAGAAGUAGGGAUGAUGAACAAAGGAUAUGCAUGGAUCGUGACAGAUGGAGUAACCAAUCUCAUAGAUUCACUGAAUUCUUCUGUCCUAGCAUCAUUGAAUGGUGCCUUGGGUGUUGAGUUUUUUGUUCCGAAAUCAAGGGAACUUGAUGACUUCACCAUGAGAUGGAAUAUGAGGUUCCAAAUUGACAACCCAACCGCACCACCAUUAAAAUUAAGCAUCUUUGGACUGUGGAGCUAUGACACAAUCUGGGCAGUAGCACAAGCUGCAGAAAAAGCUGGACUUGUCAAUGCCACAUUUAAAACACCAGGUGUCACAAGAAAGUUAACGAGCUUGGAAACCUUGGAAACAUCUAGUAAUGGUGCAGAACUAUUACAGGCCAUCACAAUGAACAAAUUUAGAGGUCUCAGUGGCAAUUUUGACCUUUCAGACAGGCAGCUACAAAUUUUGACAUUUCGAAUAAUAAAUGUAGUAGGAAAAGGAUGGAGAGAAAUCGGAUUCUGGACUGCACAAAAUGGAAUUUCGCAACAAUUAAAUAAAACUAGAUCCGCAACAACGCAUUUGGGCUCAGUGAGUAAUCUAAAUCCUGUGAUCUGGCCAGGAGAAUCCAUAGAGAUACCCCGGGGUUUUGAGAUUCCUGUAAGCGGGAAGAAACUUCAAGUCGGUGUGUGCACAAGUGGAUAUCCAGAGUUUAUGAAGGCCGAAAAGGAUCAUAUCACUGGUUCAACUAAAGCAAUCGGUUUUUCAGUUGAUGUAUUUGAAGAGGCAGUUAAGAGACUUCCUUAUGCACUCCCUUAUGAAUAUGUAAUAUUUAGUACUAAGAAUGACGGAAGUAGCGAAGAUUACAAUGAUUUUGUCUACCAAGUUUAUCUUGAGAUGUAUGAUAUAGUCAUUGGAGAUAUAACAAUAAGAUAUAACCGAACUUUCUAUGUCGACUUCACUCUGCCAUACACAGAAUCAGGAAUAGCUAUGGUUGUUCCAGUCAGGGAUAACAUAAACAAGAAUACAUGGAUUUUCUUGAAGCCACUAGCACCUGGCAUGUGGUUUGGAAGCAUUGUAUUCUUUAUCUACACCGGUGUGGUUGUAUUAGUAUUGGAAUUUCUAGGAAACAACAAGAAUGUCCGUGGGCCAAUUCCCAAACAGCUGGGGAUUGUGAUGUUCUUCUCCAUAUUUGAAGAGAAAGAGCUUGUGCAACGAUUUCUGUCCCGGAUAGUUUUGAUGGUCUGGCUGUUUUUUCUGAUGGUACUUACAUCAAGCUACACUGCGAGCUUGACAUCAAUGCUAACUGUACAACAGCUUCAGCCAACAGUAACAGAUGUGCAUGAACUCCUAAAAACUGGAGAAUGUGUAGGAUAUCAUCGUGGCUCGUACGUAAAGGGACUUUUGGAAGAACUCGGUUUUGAUAAGUCAAAGAUCAAGGCCUAUGACUCCCCUGAAGAUUUUCACAAUGCACUUUCCAGAGGAAGCAACAAUGGUGGUAUCGCUGCUCUUGUGCAUGAGGUUCCAUACAUUAAACUAUUUCUGGCGAACCACUGCAAAGGGUAUACUAUGGUGGGACCAAUUUAUAAGGCUGCCGGUUUUGGAUAUGCAUUAUCAAAGGGAAAUCCCUUACUUGGUGACAUCUCAAAGGCGAUCCUCAACGUAACAGGAGGGGAUAUUAUGAUUGAAAUUGGGAAAAAAUGGAUUGGAGAUCAAGACAAUUGCCAGAAUGUGGGCCCUGUCACUGGUUCAAGCAGACUCACCUUUGCCAACUUCAGGGGACUAUUCAUCUUUACUGGAGUUGCUUCAACUUCCUCCCUUUUCAUAGCAUUGAUUACUUAUUUCUACAAAAAGAAGCAGAAGUCAACAAAAAUCACGUUACCCAACAAGAAUCAACCAGAGGAAAGUGGAACGGACAAGGAACAUACUGAGCUUCAAGAAGGAAAUCAAGGAGCAAGAGUUGAACAAAAUGCACAGCAAGCAGGCAGACAAGAAAAUGUGCUAGAAGAACAAAGCAGUUUAGAACGGGUAUCUGACACAAACUGACAAAUGAGCACUGAUAUGUCGAACAAUGGACCAAGUGUCAUUUUCAGGGGCCCAAGAACUACUGGCCUGCAAGUGGAACUCAUCUGAAGUUCAGUUCAUUUUUAGAUCCGCUGGUCUCUCAGUGAGCUCGGCUAAGCUAAUAUUUCAAACUGGAUAUUAGCAACCUUGAGCUAAAUGCCUAAUGUAUAAUAGGCAUUUGAAACUUGUAACGAUAGAGAACUGCAGAACAUCAUUUUAUUUGGCUGUCCAAUCUCAUGUUUUGCUCAAGUAAAGCUUGAUUAAA